ACUCUAUCUUCCUCUCCUAUCUCCUUUGUUCAUUCAACUCAAACAAAGUAUCCAUCUUUUCAAUUACUCCAAGACAGUGGUAGAUUCUUGCCCCAAACAGAAAAAUUCAGAGCAAUUACUCCACAUUCUCAAGGUACGAAAUUUUGAUUUUGUUCCUUUAAUGUUCUUUUGGUAAAAUUCUGAUUGUUUCGAUUUCAUAUGUUAGGGUUUAGGGUUUUCCAAAAAAAAUUGAAAUUUUAAUUUUUGAAGUUGAUAUUAUGUGUUGUAUUAGCAUUGAUUAUGUGAGAAAUUGUUAAAUUUUCAUAGAUGAUGUGUAUAAUUGUGUGAUUCGCACAUUAGACGAGUUAGGGUUUGUGUACACUUGAAGAACAGGGGAAAGAGGUAGAACAGAGGGGAAUACCAAUGCUUAUCAUUCAUUUAAUUUCACCAAAAUUCCUAUAAUCGAUAAUUUCACUAACCUAGAUGUUUGGUGUGGUCUGUCCUUAGGAACCAUGUAUGGAUUUUGUUGAUUUCUUUAAACUUGUUGGACCUGGUUUUUCUUAAAGCUUGCAGUUGUCCCUAAUUUUGCUUAAACUGAACCUGAUUACAGUAAAACAAUUAAGCAAGCUUCUGUUUUUGGUUAGAACAAUUAUGCACUGUUGUAUUUUUAUUUAAGAGCAGCAACUAGAAAGCUGCUGUAUUUUUUUUUUUAAGUAUAGCUGCUGUAUUUUUUUUAAAGAUAUGGAUGCUGUAUUUUUUUUUUUUAAGAUAUGGUUGCUGUAUUAUUUUGAGAUAUUUGACAGAGAAGCAGCAAGCAAGCAAGUAGCAGCAACAACGUUCAUUAAUUUUUGUCAUUUUAAUUUGCUUUAAAUUGUUUUUUUUAAUUAUUUAUGCUAUGGUUAGAGGUGAGUUAACGGUGAGUUAACUUGCCGGAAAGUGAAGUUGAGACCCCAAAGAGUGAAAAAAAAAGGUAUAGGUCCCAAAGGGUGAAAAACUCAAAAGGUGAGACCCCAUUCUUUAUCUUAACUCUAUUUUGUGGGGAGGUUUUUUUGCUCUGUUUUGAAAAUAGUAAUACUAUAUUCGAUAUUAUAAUUUCGCAUAUUAAUUUUUUGACAUUAUUUAUUGAUCAGCAUUCUUAGCACAGGAUUCCCCUAUUCAUGUCGCUUAUUUUUUUAUUUGUUAUCUACUCCCUCCGUAUUUAUUUAAGGGAUACACUUGGGCGGGCACGAGUAUUAAGAAGAAAAGUUGAAUAAAAUAAAAUAAUAAAGCAAGUGGAGUUAGUUAGAUAUUUUAAUAAAUAAACAAGUGGGGACCAUGUCAUUUUGGUGGGUGGAAGUGGGGAUGGGUUUCUGAAAUUAUUUGUUUAAUAGGAUGGUGGAUCAUAAGGUAAAUUAGAUGUAUUAUUUAAUUAGAUGGUGGGGUUGAUAAGUUACUAAAAAUGGCAAGUGUAUCUCUUAAAUAAAUACGGCCGGAAAAGGCAAGUGUAUCCCUUAAAUAAAUACGGAUGGAGUAUUUUUUAGGGAGGUCUUUUUAAUCAGUUUUGUAAAUGAAUUUACUGUAAUCGUAUUUUUUAUUGUUAUCUUUAUUAUUGUGCAAUUUAUUCCUAUUUUGUAUUGUUUAUUAUUAUCUUGUAUUUGCAAAUAUCGAUUUAAAAAUAAUUAGAUUAUAAAUAUUUAAAAUGAGUAUUUUAAAAAGAAAAAUACUAAAGACUCACCAGAACAUGACACGUGUCAUUCCUUUGAGUAGUUUGGCAAUAAUAGAUACGACGUAACAUCCAGUAGUACGUUUUGAAAAAAUGAUCAAAAUCCGUGCGUACACGGAAUCUCAUAUAGUGUAUAAUAUUUACUCAUACCACAUUUAAAUAUGAACUAGAUAGUGGCCCGGGCGAUGCCUCAGAGUGUUGCAUAGAGUUUAUAUUAAUAUCAACAUUUUUUUACAAGGACACAAUAACCGAUUGCAUGAAUUGCCUAAAAGUUUUAAUAUAUAAAUAAAUAGAUUUGUGUUGUUGAAAAUAUUUCACAAUGGCAACGAUGGGAAGUAAGGAGUAAAAAGGAAAAUGAAAUGAAAGGAAAAGAAGCAUGAACGCUCCAGAAAUAUCCAAAACAACCACCCUCCUUCCUCUUCGUUGUUUGAUGAACUCAACAAGUCAAUAUGAAGCAAAAACUAGUCAAAAACUAAUUGCCGCCGUUGUUCUGUUCUUCGUUCUCCUGGCGAGUUCUUCGACGUCUCCGUCUCCCGCCGUCUUGUCUGCUGCUCAAACAUUGUUUGCGGUGCUGCAAUGUUCUGAGGUCAAACAGGUCUGCUCCAUCCUUGGAUGCAAAUCCCAACUUAAUGAUCUCAGUGGCACCGUCGUCAGAAUCAAAGCUGCACUCGAGGAUGCUGAAGCCAAGCAAGAGCUAUCCAAGCAAGACCGGUUGUUUAUCGAGGAACUCAAAGAUGCAGUUUAUGAUGCUGAUGAUCUCUUCGACGAGUUUGUCACUCUUGCUGAACAGGAGAAGCUCACUAAGGGUAUCAAGGUUCGUGUCCUUGCUCUAUUCGGCAAGUAUGGGACGGCUUAUAACAUGGCUCAAGGGGUUAAGAUGAUCAAGAAAAAGUUGGAUGCUAUUGCUUCUGAUACUCGGUUCAACUUUAACAUUGAUAGUAAGCCUAUCAGGAAUAGAAGGCUGGAAACCUGUUCUUAUGUGUAUGAAGCUGAUAUCAUUGGAAGAGAACCUGAUUUGGAGAAAAUUGUUUGUGUACUGUUAGAUCCUAUUGUUCAACAAAAUGUAUCUUUCCUCCCUAUUGUGGGGAUGGGUGGGUUGGGCAAAACUGCUCUUGCCCAACUCGUGUUUAACGAUGCUAGGGUCAAAAAUGCAUUUCCAUUGAUGUUGUGGGCUUGUGUCGCUGAUGAAAAUCAGAAACUGCUUGACGUACAGGGUGUUCUUGGUAGGAUUCUAGCUUCCGCUAAUGAGGGUCAUACGAAGAACGAGGGUUGUACUAUGGAUGGGUUGCAAAGCCAACUUCGAGAACAACUUGCAGGUAAAAAAUACUUGCUUGUUUUGGAUGAUGUGUGGACUGAAAAUUCUGAACAAUGGCGUAUAUUGAUACAAUUUUUGAUGGGAGGUCAAAGGGGAAGUUGGAUUGUCGUAACUACACGCUCAAAGAAGACAGCAGGAAUCAUGGGAGACAGUCCAAGGCACGACCUGCAAGGUUUGUCCAAGGAUAAUUCAUGGUGCUUAUUUAAAAGGGUAGCAUUUGGAUCCCAGCAUGCAAACCCUCCUGAAGACUUGGUUAAACUUGGUCAAGAUAUUGUUGUGAGAUGUGCUAACGUCCCUCUUGCUAUUAGAGUGGUGGGGAGUCUUCUUUAUGAUCAAGAAAAACAUAAGUGGUUGUCAGUUCAGAAGUUGGGAUUAGCAAAAGUUGAAGGAAGCCAAGAUGGCAUCAUUCCUAUAUUGAAGCUAAGUUAUUAUCAGCUUGAAUCCCCACUAAAGUGUUGUUUUGGGUAUUGUGCGAUCUUCCCUAAAGACCAGCGCAUUUCGAAGAUGACAUUGAUUCAGCUCUGGAUGGCACAAGGCUACAUUCAGUUAGAUGAUCGUCAUUUAAAUAUGGAAGAUGUCUCUGAGGAAUUUUUUUCAAUCUUGUUGCAGAGGUGUUUUUUCCAAGACGUGGUGAAAGAUAAAUAUGGUGGUAUUAGAUCAUUUAAGAUACAUGAUUUGAUGCACGAUCUUGCUCAAGAAGUUGCAGGAAAGGAGAUUUGCAUAGCGAAUACCAUUAAUGGAGAUGUGGAUAAAAAAAUUCGCCAUCUAUCUGAUUUUAACAUUGGAUCUUCAAGUUUAUCUUUUACUAAGACCCAAAUACGUUCAUAUCUUUCUUUUGCUCGUUAUUAUGAUUACGCGAUGGACGUGUCUUGUGUUGCUGCAUUACUAGCUAAUUGGAAGUAUCUGAGGGCUUUGGACUUGAAUUUUUUACAAAUAAAGAGUUUUCCGGGCUCGAUAGGUAAAUUGAUACAUUUAAGAUAUUUAUGCCUCUCAAACAACCACGAACUAGAAGUUCUCCCCGGACCAAUUACCAAACUGCAUAAUCUUCAGAUUUUAAAUUUAGAUGGUUGUUUGAGUUUGAAAGAGUUGCCAAAAGAUUUGUGCAAGCUAGUUAAGUUGAGGGUCUUGGAUUUAAAAGGUUGUAAUAACCUGAGUUAUAUGCCAAGGGGCAUGGGUAAGUUGACUUGCCUUCACACGCUUAAUAAGUUUGUGGUGGGAAAUACGAGAUCAAACAAGGAGUUGUUUUCUGGACUAGAAGACCUGAAAGCUCUUACAAACUUGAAAGGUUAUCUUGAAAUCGACAUACACUUCAUGGACACGGGUGUAAAUGUUGGCAACAAAAAUGGUGAUAGAGAGGGAGAUUGCUUGGGGAACAAAGAACAUCUGAAAGAUGUUUACUUUUAUUUUAGUAGGACAGAGGGUAAGGGAAGAGAGGAGUAUGACGAAGCAGUAAUGGGAGAGUUGCAACCACACCCUAAUCUCGAGAAGUUUAUGGUGAAUUAUUAUCGUGGUGUGAGAAUGCCACGCUGGCCAAUCGAAGAUAACUUGGCAACCUUUCUCCCUAAUCUUGUUCAUAUGGAACUUAUGUAUUGUCCAAAUCUGCAGUAUUCAGGACAUUUACGACUUCCUCUGUUGAAAAUAUUAGCGGUGGGUAAUUGCCCAAAUCUACUAGCUAUAUUGCAGUGCCCUGGAUUGGAAGUCCUAUAUUUACGUGGUUUCAAUAAGAGAUUGGAAAUAAUUCGGAGGAUAAAGAGUAAAGAAUUUGGGGAGGCAACUCCUGGUGGUAUUCCCGCAUCUUCUUCAUUUUCUCAUGAUAUUGGUCUCAAGGUUACAGUAGACAACGUGGCAUGGCUUAAUUCUCUGCGGAUGGACUCUUUUCUGGGUCUUGGCACGCUGAUCAUAAGAUGGGACAAGGAGGUGGAGAGUUUGGGAGAAGCCAGGGAGGCGUUCCGUAGAUGCUCAUCUUCCCUGAUAUCCUUGAAAAUUGAAAACUGCUUCAAAUUGAAGAGUGUUGUGUUUGGAGGAUUAGAGCAUCUCACUGCGUUAGAGACGUUGAAAAUUAAAAACUGCUCCAACCUGAGUCUAUCAGAAGAAGUAGAGAGAGAAGAUGGCAUGCCAUGGCAACCCUUUCAUCACCCCCUCCGCUCCUUGAAAUUGGACUGUGUAUCAGAUGAUCUGCCCAAUUGGAUACAAUACUUGACUUCCCUCCAAACCCUUAAAAUUGGGUUGUGCCCAGGACUGGAAUCCUUGCCGAAAUGGAUGUCCAAACUCACCUCCCUCAAGAAACUUGAACUCAUGUACUGGCCACAUUGCCCUAGAGAAGGAUACCAACAAUCCACCGGUGACGACUUGGCCCACAUUCAACACAUACCUGAAAUUAAAAUCAGGCGACAUUACUGAAAAUAUCCAAGUUUCAACCAUAAAUCAGGGGGUUGCUGAGCCACAUAGACUACUAGUGUAUCAAUCUACGCCGCUUUACUUAGAGAGGAAGAUCUGCCUGAUUGGAUACAGUACUUGACUUUCCUCAAGGAACUCUGGUACUGUUAUUGGCGUGCAAGGAGUGUAUCAGGCUUAUUCCCAGUCAUUAUUCCUAGUCAUGUUAGGAUAAGUCAUAUCUUUUAAUGCUUUAGUGGGGGUCCUGUACGGUUUGGCUAGUCCCUUAAGGAUUGGAGUUUACGUGUAGAAAAAAAGAUGUAUUUUAUGUUUAUUACGAGUCUUAGUAUAAUUAAGUGUAUGUGUACUGACAUAUGUAUGAAAGCCUUGAGUUAUUUAUCAAUUCGUAGUCCCAACUUCCAAUCAAACAGGUGGAUGCACAUUCUUCUUAUGUCAUCACUUAUAAAUCAAAGAGAAGCUGCUACUAGUAUCAACUAUAAGAUGCUCUGCUUCAAUUUGUGUUUUACAUUUCAUUGUAUUUCAACUCUACUGACUAAUAAGUUAUAAGUCUACUGAUAUAUAAGCUUUAGAAUUCAGAGUUUCCAAUGUAUCUCAGCCUUCUCGGUGCUUGUGUACUAUGUCGGCCUUCUAGAGUAUUGCCAAGGUGAAGUCUUUCUGUUUGGUAGAAUGCUAGCUUUGUAUGUAGCUUCAUAACUGAUCAAGUCACUGUCCUGGAUAUUAGAAAUGAUCUGCAACAGAGGACUUUGCAAUUACCCACAACAGCGAUUUCUUAAUGAUUCUGUAACAUUUUCUAGAGAAUCUGACAAAACUCUGGUUCAUCAACUAGAUAAUUGAUAUGGUAGAUCGACAUUGAUGUGUAACGAGUAGUUUAAACAGUUGUACCCAAAUCCUCUCUCUAAAAGUUAUCAAGUCUGCAGAUCACCACUUGACCCUGAAAAACAUUUUCCAUAAAAUAGAGAUGUGAAUGGGAAAGAAGAUGUUUAUAGCUUUGGAAUACUUGUAUUGGAGAUCGUUUCAUGUAGGAAGCCUGUCAAUUAUGAUAAAGCUCAAGAAGAGGUGAGAUCAAGGGAAAUAAUCGGGAACUAUGCUGAUGUGAUAUUUGCAAAUAGUGAUGAAGCUAGAGCCCUAUGUAAUUUUUCAUUGAAGGAAAGCCCUGCCUCUGCAACAAGAUAUCUAAGCCAUUUUGUCCCACUCGUGUCUGUAACCGAUGGUGCUCGUGGGUCCUACAUAGGAGUCCGAGGAGAAUCCGUAUACAUACCUCCAUCACCUUGUGUACCAAUAGACACGUGUGGAGCAGGAGACGCCUACGCAUCAGGUAUUUUAUACGGUUUAUUAAGAGGAGUAACAGAUAUGAAAGACAUGGGUGCAUUAGCAGCUAGGAUUGCAGCUGUUGUUGUUGGACAACAGGGUACUCGGCUUAGGGUUCAAGACGCUGUUCAAUUGUCCGAGUCAUUUUCUUUCCAUCUCCAAAACUCCACGAUUUGACUGGACUACUUCUGUUCCUUCGCGCCUUCUUGUAUGCCUUCUUGUAUGUUGAAUAGUCCAUUAUUUGAUAGUUCACUUGUCCAUAGUAAUGUUAUUCUUCUUUGUACAUUACUGAUUAUUAUAGUUCCAGAAAGGAUAUCACUUUACUUCC